CCUCUCGCCGGCGCUGUACGCUGAUCCGUCCCUGUGGCCUCGCUAGGCGUCGGAGCUUCCUGCGUGACAACAAAAGUAGAGUCUCUGUUCUCGACGGAGGGAUGGAUCCGCGCUUUCACCACUGACGGAGGGACAAAUUACUAAUACAUAAAAACACUGGAAUUAGCCAUAGCCUACUCGUUUGCGGCAUGAGCCAUGAGCCAAAGUCACCAUCUUUAGGAAUGAUCUCCACGGCGACCCGUACCACGGCGACGGUCAGCCCGCUCACCCCGUCGCCUCUCAACGGCUCCAUCGUAGCCAAUGGAAGCCCCGCUGCCCAGUCGGCUCACUCUGGAUUUGCCGCGGCCCUCCGUAAAUUGGCAAAACAGGCGGAAGAACCUCGAGCUGGGUCCUCCAUCAGCAGCGAGUCCUCUCCAGUGUCCUCCCCCGCCACUAACCACAGCUCUCCGGUCAGCACACCCAAGAGGGGUCCCCUUGGCCCAGGGCCUGUCUUGGUCCCACCUGGGGGCCACAGCGUGCCAAACACCCCACCCGUAGUCACUAUUGCUCCCACCAAGACCAGCAACGGCCUCUGGAGAAACGAGGGACGCCAGGCUGACUCGGGGCCUCGUGGGGCCAGCAGAGAGCGUCUGGGUGCAGAGGGGGCCCUCCCCCAGGAAAAGGGUGGCCCCUCGGUCCCUGCCCACCUCCUGGGAAACCCCUACGCUUUCGGGCUGACCCCUGGUGCUGUGAUGCAGGACUCACGAUUCCAGCCCCUCAAUCUGCCCAGACAGUUGCCUCAUGCAGUGCCCCCUGGUGCCGUACCAGAGGAGUACCUCCGUGGUUUCCGGCCCUAUGCCACAACGGAAGAUGCCCUGCGCAUGCCCUCCUUGCCCCUGGGCCUGGACCCUGCCACUGCUGCUGCCGCGGCUGCCUAUUACCACCCCAGUUACCUGCCCCAUCCCUCCUUCCCACCAUAUAGGAUGGACGACCCGUUCUGUCUCUCUGCUUUGAGGUCGCCUUUCUACCCGCUGCCAGCAGGGGCAGCGUUACCACCACUCCACCCCUCUGCGGUUCACAUGCACCUGCCUGGGGUCCGCUACCCGGGAGACCUCACACACGCCUCGCUGUCAGCACUGCAAUCCGAGAGGCUCUCUGAAAGGCUUCAGCUGGAAGAUGAGCUGCGACAGCGAGAGAGGGAACGCGAGCGAGAACGGGAACGCGAGAAGGAGAGGGAGCGCGAGGCCGAGAGAGAGAAGGAGCGGGAGCGGGAGCGAGAGAGGGAGAGGGAGCGAGAGAAGGAGCUGGAGCGGGAGAGAGAGCGCGAGCGAGAGAGAGAACGUGAGCGAGAGAGAGAGAGGGAGAAAGAGCGUGAGAGAGAGAAGGAGCUGGAGAGGCAGAAGGAGAGAGCACUGAGGGAGAAGGAGCUGCAGGUAUCCAAGGCCGUGGAGAGCCACUACCUGGCUGAGCUCCACGCCAUGAGGGGGCAGGAGGACAGAACCAAACCUGAGAGGCUCACCCCCAACCGGCCUGAUAAAACCAAAGAGCCCGUCCUUCCAGCUCCCAAACCAAUCCCACCAGUACUCCACUCUUCAAUGGUGCAGUCGCACCAUGCGGUCCCUGGCCUGGUCUCUAGCCACGGACUCUAUAUGGGGCCUGGUGCAGUGGGCGCGGGCCUCCCGUCCGCCCUGAUGCUCCAGAGGACUAAUGAGGAGGAGCGAUGGUUGGCACGGCAACGCAAGCUGCGGCAAGAGAAGGAGGAUCGACAGUAUCAGGUGUCUGAGUUCCGCCAGCAGGUUCUGGAGCAGCACCUGGACCUGGGCCGGACAGCUGAUGGACAAGAUCACAGGACAGACACACACAGAUCCAUACCAAAUCACCUUGAACCAGGAAGUCGGGACCUCCAUCCUCACCUUGGAGCUCCUCCACCUCUCAUCUCCCCCAAACCUCCCCAGCCACCCCGGGAACACCAAGCGCCACCUGCCACCACCCUGUGGAACCCUGCCUCUCUCAUCGACACCGCCACAGACUCCAGACGCAGCCAUGAGCCCUCAGGGGUGAGCCACUACGAACUCAGCCGCCUGCCCCCAGGACCCUCCAAACACGACGAUGGGGGCCGGAGGAGAGAAGGGGGAAUGAUGGAGAAAUACCCCCCACUGAGAGGUCCCCCGGGCUUGCCUGAGCCUGGCAGCACCUUCCUCGCUGACCUGGAGAAAUCCACUCAGUCCUUCUUCAGCCAGCAGAGGGCAUCGCUGUCCCUGUCCAGCCAGUAUGAUCUGGGGGGAGCGGGGAAGAGCAACGCUGGGCUGAAGGGCUUCCAGGCACACCAAGGGUCCAGCAGACAUGGGCAGGCACUAGGGAUGGUGACAGGGCUAGGGAUGGGACAGGUGGCUACUCUGGGAAUGAGCCCGGAUGCAGCUCUGAUCUAUGAUGAGUUCCUCCAGCAGCACCGCAGGCCUGUCAGUAAGCUGGACCUGGAGGAGAAGCGGAGAAGGGAGGCCAGGGAGAAAGGUUACUACUAUGAGCUGGAUGAUUCAUAUGAUGAAAGUGAUGAGGAGGAGGUGAGAGCUCAUCUCAGGAGAGUAGCAGAGCAGCCCCCACUCAAAUUGGACAACUCAACAGAGAAAUUGGACUUCCUAGGAGUUUUUGGCCUGACCACAGUGACGCGGCACGAUGAGCUGGUGCAACAGAAGAGGAGGAAGAGGAGAAGGAUGCUCAAGGAGCGCAGCCCCUCGCCUCCUGCUUUGCAAUCAAAGCGCACUCCUCCUCCCCAACUCAGCACACGCUUCACCCCAGAGGAGAUGGACCAAGCGCCAGAACUCGAGGAUAAGAAGCGCUUCCUCACCAUGUUCAGCCUGUCCCACAUCACUGUGCAGCAGAGAAGAGAUAAUGAAAGGGUGGUGGAGCUGCUUCAGGCCAUUAAAGAAAAGAGUGUAACCUUGGAUACCAUCAGACAUGCCCCUCAUCCUCUGUGUAAGAGCCCUCCAGCACAGACCUCCGAUCUUGCCUCUGCUCAACCGCCCGCCGAAUCAGAAGACCAGCUCAGCGUCAGACCGCAUAGCCCCUCCUUACACCACCCAGCUUCUCCCAACGGGCACCCCAAACCCCUCGGCGAAACAUUAAGACCAAAGGAACCCCCUCCUCCAUCUGUCUAUCCAGACAAGGCCCGGGGCCACAGUGAGGGACUGAUCUCAAAGAGGAGCUCCAGCCUGCUGAAUAGCUUGCGGCCCCCACUCCCCUUGCAGCCCAAAGAGGGUCUCCCCAGCCUCAAUGGACGCACCAAACCCUGGGACAGCUUCACACCUGAAGAAUUUGCCCAGCAGUUCCACGAAUCCGUGCUUCAGUCCACGCAGAAGGCCCUGCAGAAACACAAAGGUGGAGCCGCUGGCAUGUCGGAGUCCUCCCACCUCCAGGACUCCUCGGUUCACUACAACAUUCCAGAGCUUCAGAGCGCGCCCGGCCGGCCAUCGCAGUCUCACACACAGCCUCACUCACAGCCUCACUCACACGCACACUCGCUUUCCCAUUCGCUCUCACACUCUCACCCCCAACCCAAUGGGCAGCACUUCUCUCUACCCGCACACCGGGACGCCCCAGGGACGAAGGACGACCUGUCUGGUCCAGAGGACUCGGAGGAGGAAGAGGAUGAGGAGGAGGAGGAGGCUCCUGCAUCCAAAUGGCAGGGGAUCGAAUCUAUAUUUGAAGCCUAUCAGGAUUAUAUUGAAGAGCAAAGUUUGGAGCGACAAGUGUUGCAGAGCCAAUGUCGAAGGCUAGAGGCGCAGAACUACAACCUCAGUCUGACUGCCGAGCAGCUGUCUCAUAGCAUGGGGGAGCUGAUGUCCCAGAGACAGAAGCUGGCGGUGGAAAGGGAGAAGCUGCAAGCAGAGCUGGAGCACUUCAGGAAGUGCUUGACGCUGCCACAGACACACUGGCCUAGAGGUGGCCAUUACAAGGGCUACCCUCCCAGGUGACCCCGCCCUGCUGACUCGACGGCCCCCAGGCCCUGGCCACCUCCCCUUUCAGACUGACACCCAGAGUUUAUUUUUGGUCCACCUGGCGCCAUGGAAGAGAACAUGGCUGGCCAGAUAGAUGAAUGAAUGAAUGAAACAAUGAAUGAAUGAAUGAAUAGAUAGCUGGAUGAUGGAUGCAUGCAUGGGAGAGAGGACCAUACAGUGAAGGACAGGCUGUCUUUGGAUUGUCACCAGUUGGGGAUUGUGUCAUGAGCCACUAUUGUCUGCCAACCCAGCCAACACUGGGAUCAGUGAAAGUACUGGGCAGGAGUACCUGAAGAUCAACACACACAAACACACACACACACACACACAGACAAAUUACUAAAGUAUGUGUAAUUCAGUCCCAGCUACUUUCAUAUUCAGUCCCUGCACCCUUCACAGCCACAGCCACACAGACAAUCCUGCCAAUGAGGGCGCUGCUCCCCCAGGAGGGGUGUGGUCAAGGGACUUAAACACUCCACAUCUCCAAACGAGCGCCCAUGCCUCUGGCCAGUUUGACUGACCUUACCAUGACGGCCACAUGAGCUUUUGAACUGGAAAUGCACUUAAGAAGAGAAGCUGAAGAACUACCUGGUGGUACUGUGUUACAACAAAGAACUGUUCAAAUUAGGGAAGAACUUAGAAAAUGCACAUUUUUUGGAAAGAAUAAAGGAAAUGUUUUAUUUCGAAAUAGAAAAUUUGAGAAUAAGAAUUUUAAAAGGUGCUUCAGCCUUGUAUUGUAUAUAAUAUGAAGACUAAAAAGAAUUUUGUAUGUUUUUAUUACUUUAAUCAUUGUUCUUUUAAAAGAAAAAAAAGCCUGCCAUUUUUAUAUGUUAAUGCUUUUUUGGGUGGGAAAAGAAAGCCUUGCUUUUAGUGUUUGUACUGCUGCUGGCCAGAACAGCUCAUCUUGAGGCAUGUAUCAGAGAGAGGGAGAAAACAAGUUAUACUCCUCGACUCUUCUCUGGCCCUCCACGCAGCUGAGACCCAGCCACAGCCCCACUCAUACAGCCUCUGAGCUUAGCAAAGCUUACUUAGAGGUCCUGAGACAUGGCUCCUGCCCCUUUACUCUCAUAACCCCCCCUCCUCCUCCCCCAGCACCAUGUGCCUCUGUUUUAAUGCCCAUAUCAACACCUCUGGUCAGGUAUUGUUCCUCUUGUUUAAUAACAGCAUGUGUCACUGCUCCUGGUUUGACUAGUUAGCUUGUCAUGUGCUCAUACAGAAAACCAAUUGACAGCCACAUUGGCAUCAUUUGCUUUGAGUCACUUGUUACCUGAGGUGGACAUCAGUUUGAUAAAGUUGCCUAAUACUUGACUGUUUUGCAUCUUAAACUAACGUGAAAGGAGCCCUGCCCAAUAGACAUGCACAGAGUCUCUUAAGCAGCCAGCUGAUGGACUGACAGCCAGGCAGUCCCAUUCUUUAUGGACCUUAUCCUACCACUGGACCUUUACUUUGCUCUAUGUAACAUUAUACAGCAUUGGACUUAGUACCAAACAAUGACAGUUUGCAUAAUAUUACGCCUUACAAGGUCACAGCCCUUAUCAGCAGCCAUAAAGGAAAACAGUGCCAAAAUAGUAAUAAAAAAGUCACAUAAGACCAUUUUGGAUUCUUUGUUUUAAAAUGAGUUGCAAUUAGGUAGCCAACAUUUGAGUCUGAAUGGCCAUUUUUCAUUGUUCAAUAAUUGUGAUCCCAUUUACUUUGAUGUCAGUUUUGUGGAAAACAGAAUUUCCUGCAUUUCCCUAUCUGAGGACCUUCAUUAUUUAAAGUCAGUGAGAGGUCUUAGUUUGCCAACAUCAUCCAGUAAAUUACUGGAAAUGGAAAUAAUGGUGAAAAUUGUCCUCAACAGGGCAUUUCUAGGAUGUUAUAAAAGCAGCAUUUGCCUUUACCCUGCCAUGACCCUGUCUAGGCCCCUUCAAGUCUUCUCACUUGUCCUGUCUGUCUCACCCUCAUCCCCUGUCAGCUCUGCCCUGUCUGUCUGAGUGGUCCGAGUUUCAGUCAUGGGUUUCACGCUGAAACUCUACACUGUAACAGAGUUGCACUCACGUUGCCCCAGCCUUGUGCUUGACUGUGUGAUUGGAAAACGUCAGAGACAGCAUACUAGGUGUACAAGUCUUUGGUUUGGGUUAAGGGGGGUCUAUCCCCACCACAGAAGUUACGGUGGUGGAAUGGAGUGAGGAAUGUAGGUAUGUUUGGAGCCUAAUUUAUU